GUCAACGCGCGGGGUCAUGCGCAUUUAACAGGGAUAUAUCGACCGGGAUCGAAUCGAUAUGGGCCACAUCAUCGUGUACGACGCGGGGAGAUGCUGCCAUAGAUUCCGCCUCCACUUCUGAAAUGACACUUCAGCGAUGUUUGUGUCUAGGCUAUUAUUAGGACUUGUAGUACCAUCCUCCGCCGCUGCUGGUCAACGCCUGGCUUAUUGUUCUUGUUUCAACGUGAUUGAUGUUAUGAAGCAUGGGUAUCCCUUGAUGGUACAUAUCAUCUUCGAUUUAUCGCCUGUAUACAUCAAUAUCUUUCUUACAAAGCAGGGAAAUCGUAGAUUCCAAGCCACGGGCUAUUAUUCAGUGAAUAUUAUGGCCACCAGAUCAUACCUGAAAAUCAACAAUCCAGUAGUGCCAAUGUCGUUGAAGUAAAACGCGACCAGCAACCAGUUCGGACAUAAUCCUAUCAUCC